UCUUUUAUGUGCACUUAGGCCUAUACAGUCAUAGGAAGAAUACCUCGCGAGUCGCGACAUCACAUAAUCCACCAAUAUACAAGCGAACGACCACUCCUUAAUCGUAUUUGAUGGAAAAAAAUAUCCGUAUUAAGUUUGUAGAUGAAGUGAAGUCAAAUCAGGUCGAUUAGAAACGCUCUUAAAAUACUGAGGGAGCUUGGAUCGCCAGUGCAGUCCCAACGCGGGUAAGAAUUUAUUUUUUGUAAUUAUUUUUUUGAGUCAGUAUCAUGUGACUAGGCCUAUACAACAUUCAUUGUCUUUUUUUUCAUAAAGUGGGACACGGUCUUUAGCCGUAUGCGUUAUAUAUUGGGGUAUUUUUUGGAACUUGAUACUGUUCCGAUAGACGAGUUGAAUGUUAAAUAGUUUAUGGCUAUAAAUCGAACUUGAAUCUGCCACAGCUUAACCUUUCUUCGUAUCCAACCGUAAACUAAGUUCUUUUUAUAACAUUCAAUAGCACGUUCAUAAGCAUAACAAAGGUCGGUUCAAGAUCACUGAUGUAGAAAAGGAACAAAGUUCAGGAAAUGGUGCAACGAGUGAACGUCAUAGACGGAAAUGAAAUGGAAUAAAACAUGUUAUCGGACUGUACGAGUGUUGUGCACAGUGAAUCCUAGGCAAUUGGUAAUAUUCUUGCCGUCUAAUUGUCACAUUUUUGUGCGCCAUGGCUGCUUCUGAUACGCCAGAAAGUCUUCUCAGUUUUGUUGAAAAGCACAAAUCCCAGCUUCCUGCAGUUGUUGAAAUAGCAGAUGGGAUAUAUGGCUCAAUCGAGAAGGAUAGUGAGGUGAGAGACUUUUCCAGGGGCGACAUCCUCCGCAUUCUAACCGUCAAAGAGGAAGUCAACAUUACAUUCGAUUCCGUGUAUGCUGGGCCAAGCAAAAAGGGGCUACUUACAGUCGACAGACACUUUAGUGAAUCUCAGUUCGAGGUUCUAUCUUCGUUUAAGGAUGGCUACGUCUAUAAAACACUCGAUCAAAUGAUUCUAGAUUUUCCCGAGUAUAUUCGUGCAGUAAAGCCAGAUAAGGAUCUCAACAUCAAAGUUGGUGAUCGUUUGAAAUUACUGACGAGAAGUACCCUGGUUGGAAGGCCAAGCAUUCAGUGCAAGAACGUACGAUCAGGUCGAACCGUCAAACUGUCCGGUGACCUGAAGGACUCCUUCGCCAAGAAAAUCGACAAAUCGCACAUCAUUGUAAGCCUGGAUAGUAUUUAUGAACGACUGCCACAACGUGUUCGUCUCGUUCAUGAUGAGGGUCAGAGAAUUCGAGGCAAGUUUCACGGAAUCCCUGGGUUAGACCCUGAUUUUAACGGGGAAAUGAAUUUGAGUAAAAUUGAAGUGGUGGAAGCCUGUCCUUGGGAACAUCCGGACCGAGUAAUUCAAAUUCCCGUGACUACUGAUGUCUUUGUGUAUCCGAGGAAAGACUGGGGAAAGAAGAUUGGACCUGUGGUGGAUGUUCAUGAACUUGCCAAGGUAGCAACUCCUGCAUCCAUGAAGGUUGCAGUAGUAGUUGAUGAUGAGAGUACGGUCCCUGGAUGCCCUAAAGACACCAUCUUACUGGUCUGCAACUCCCAGACCUCUGACUACGCUAUCGCCAAGGGAAGAGGUGGCACGGGGGUUCUUAUUCCUAAGACCUAUCCUUCACUUUUCAAGGUCCUGGGGAAUACCUGGAGCACCGUGGAAGACCUAUUACAAGCGCGCAUUUGUAAAGAAGUCCACGUAGAGACAACAUACAAAGUCCCGGAAGAGUUGGAUAAUUUGUACCAACAUGACGUCGUCAGAUUGACCAGUUUUGAGCCAGAGCCAUAUUGUUGUCCAAAUGACGAUUGCGAGGUUGUACAGAUGGAUAGAAGUCGUUCUUUGGUUGGCGAAGUAGGCACUAUCACUGUGCCAACGUUCGCUAAAGCCAACUUCCACGAUAAUGCCAAAUUGUUAGGAGACUGUGCUGUGUCUAAGAUCUUGGCGCUCAGCUUGCCUCUUGAGGUAACGCUGUCUCGGCCAAAUGUGAGCCCUCAAUCACAAGAACUUGCAGACGCAAAUGAUGAUGUACUCAUUAAUAUGUCCCCUCUGAAGAUAAUUGGUCAACGUCAAUUCAGUGUGACAGUUUGUCAGCUGCUGAACACAAAUCAGCAGACGUCUGGCGAUGAUGACAUGAUUUACAUACCUGCGUUCAGCAAGCUUCAAGUACGAUCAAUAACUCAACCAACCAUAGAUGUCCACAGACGGGACGAGCUUCCUUCACUUAACACAAACAUCCUGAGAAUUUCUGAAAGGCAACUAAACAGCUUCAAGGAACAGACGUAUGAGCAGAUACCUCCCCCAGUUCCAAGACGCGUUGAUGAGAGACACGAGACCAUGCCAGUUGUAUCAAGUGGUAAACCGCCGCCUAGACCCCCAAAACCCAUUCAUCUCAUCCAGGCCACGCAACAAGACAAAGACAAAGAAGUACCUUCUUUGCCUCCCAGAAAAGACCAAUCGUCACCUUUAUCUCCAAGAAAAGACCAAUCGUCACCUUCACCUACACGAACUUCCAAGCGUCCAUCACUAGUGACAACUAUUCUUGCUGGAGUCAACCGCGACCUGACCCAACAGUUUGAUUUAUUUACAGAUAAAGAAGUUGGCAAAGAAGGUGUCAGGGUACAAGAUGAAACUCCAGACUACGAAGUGACGCGGCCCUGUCAUAGUGCAGAAUACGAGACGGACUCUGAUGGUGACGACUACGAAAGACCCGGUGAUGGUUACGAGAAACCGGGUGACAAAUCACCGCUUCCUGGGGGAAAAGAGGUACCGCCCAAAGAUGGCAACAUAUCGGCCUACGGACUGAGUGACAUGGUCCGACUUCUGCAGUACCUGAAGGUUGGUCGCCAAAUGGUUGAUACGUUCAGGAGUAAAGGUAUUGAUGGCAAAACACUGUGUGAUCUGAGUAGAAAAGGCAACGACGAAUCAUUGCAGAUGAUUCUAGGUGUGGAUGAUUUCAAGGACUGGUUGGCACUUAAGUGUUUUAUCAUGCAGAGCUUGGAUACCUAACAGUGCGGCAGGGAGCUAGGCUGGCAAACACCAUUGGGGACCUCCUUUGUCAGCAUGCCGCAAGAAAUACCGGAUAUUGAGAAUGUGGAAUAUAACACUUAAAGGUGAUUGGGCAUGUUCCCAUCCGUUUGGCCGACCUCAUUCAAAUUCAACCAAACAUCGCUCUAUUCUGAUACGG